AUGGCUGGAGCGAACCCUCCGCUGAAGUUAGAGGAUGAUAUCCUCAGGAAAUUCUACCGGUCGUUCCAUAAGCAUGGAGCGCCGAACUGGGCGAAGAUGUCGAAGGAUACCAAAUUAUCGAUUGAGCAGUGCGAGAUGUUGCACAAGCAGCACACGUCUUUCCUCAGCCUUUCAGCCAGUCCAGACCUUGAAACUGCGUUCUUGGCGAUGGUGAAUGACCACUACCAUGCAACACAGAAUCUUGUAAGGGAUGAGAUGCAGGAUGAAGACAUGGCUCGUAGCAGCAGGCCUCGUCGCGGAGAGGUGGUGGAAGCGGAGGCCCAGGUCGCGACCAGUAGCAGCCAGGUGGUGGCCAAAGCGCCACCCUCGCCUCCUAAUGGGGACUGGACAUCUUCCCAGCGCAAGCGCAGCCGCCGCCUCUUUGAAGACACUGGCGAACAGGAUGCUCCGCGCUAUCGCUCACCUAUUUUGGACCGUUGGCGAGGUCGCCCUAUAACGGACGUCGACGAGGGUGUGGAUGCCCUCCUCUCGCUAGCGUGUGGUGCUAGCGCGCAUACCACCAGCGCCCUGGACGACCACCCCACCGGGGCUGAGAUUGCGUCGAACACCGCCGACCCGGACUACGAUGCACCAGAACCCGAACCGCCGGAGCACAUGCAGGAGACGCCACCAAAGCGACAGCGAGGGGCUCGAGGAUCGCGGACUACGCCAACCCCAUCGGGAACGCCCGUGAAAGGCGGGGCCCGGUCGUCGUCGGCAGCGGGGGCCACAACCACAGCCGAUGCUUUACCUAUGGCUAAUGCUACGGGGCUUCGCAGCCCUAGGCCACGUGGUGGGGCGCCCGUUGCGGCGGUGGCGCCUGCGAGUACAAACACGUCUGGUCGUACCGGCGCGGCGUCUGGAGGAAGGCCUAAGAAGGAACCGCGGGGGUCGCCUACGAGCUCACAGCAGCGUGGUACAGUCACUGCAUCGCCACCUGUUCCGGCGGACGCGAGCGGGGAGGCGAAUGCUACUGCGCCACCACCCAGUGAGACAACCACAGGGGCUGGAAGUGACGCGACGCCCGAUGGCGCAGCGGCGACGGCAGCAGCGGCCGCAGCCGCAGUAGCAGCAGCAACAACGUCCCCGGGCCCUGCAGGCAGACCAGUCCGCAAGCGCAAGCCUACGGCAAUUGCUCUCGCGGCGGCAGCAGCAGCGGAGGAGGAGGAAGGCACGGGUGGGCGGGGUGUGCGGAGUGUUGUUGCUGCGGUGGCUGCAGCAGUAGCGGCGGCAGAAGCGACGCAAGCAGUCGCUGCAGGCUCGGUGCCAGCGCAGGCGUCCGCGGCAGCUUCGCCUCCCACAGAAGAUGGGGGCAGCACCCAUAUCACCGACAUGGCUAGCAACACAGCGGCUCUCCUAGCUUCGGUACCACCCGUGAGGACCCGUGGGUCUGCCCGCCUUGCGAAUAGCGGACCUGGCAGUCGGCGUGCGGGUGAGCGUCCUUCGCCUGCCGCUGUGGGCGCAGCCACUGAAAAGGAAGUGGCUUUGUCAAGCGUUGAGGCUGGUGCAGCUCCUGGGCUGGGCCCGCUCGUUGAGGCGCUGGCGCCGGCGCCGACAUCGGGGCGGGCGAGGGUACAUACUGGCGGCAGUGGGCAAAGCCACGCAGCGGGGUCGCAGAGCGCAGGGCCUAUCAGUAUUCGCCUUCCACCCGCUCGUGCGGCGAACCAGCCACUCCCUGGGCGGACACGGCGGCGCAAGUCGCUUCCCGAGCGCCUGCCCCCUAUGUGGGAAUCGCUGAAAGUUCCAUCGACGCAAACAGGUGCUGGCACCGGCGGGGUCGCCUCAGCAGCGCCUGCGGGGCCAGUGUCAGCGGUGACGGAUGUGGCAGGCGUGGGUGCGACAAACAGCACAGCUUCUGGGGAAACGUCGAGAGCGAUGCCGGCUGCAGAGGCUGCGCUGCGGCACUGCCUGGGGCCCCGCGUUCGACGUUGGUGCACAUAUGAAUUCUUGUACAGCGCCCUGGAUCGACCCUGGUUCCUGCGGAACGAGCUCCUCCUGCCAACCUCAAAGCUGACACGUCUAGAGUGGUCGGUGCUGCGCGCAUCGCUCGGUCGGCCGCGGCGGCUUUCGCUGGCGUUUCUGCGCGAGGAGCGGCUGCGACUGGAGGGAUACAGGCAAGCACCUCGGAGGCCUUACUGCCGGCCUUACUUCCACACAUCCACUGCACUGCACCGCCCACCCACGGAACACGCGCGGCUGAAGUAUGAGGAGGUGGCCCUGGGCAUGGAGGUGCCGCACGAGCUGCCCCGGCAGUUGCGCGUGGGUCAAGAGGUCACGGCUCGCCACCCCCAUUCGCGGCAGCUGUAUGAUGGCGUCAUCCUAACGGUCAAAGGCAAUAAGUACAGGGUACAGUUCCAUCGAGGUGACUUGAUGACGGAGGUGAUUCUGGACACGGACGUUAUGCCAGUCGACCCACACGAGUGCCUGUCGCUGCAAAUGGCCAUUGUGCCCUUCGUGCUCAACGGUCGGGCAUAUGAUCCCGUGCGCCUUGCUACUCUGCGUGGUCUCCUACCCCCACAAGGAGUUGCCUUGCGGCCGCCGACGCUGCCCGCGCGGCCUCUGGGCUCCUCUGCAACAGGCCUGGAUACCUUGAUGAUGCGUGAGCAAGACGCGGCGAUGGUGGCGGAGGUUCAACGCGCGCUGGAGGUGAAAGAGGAACUCGUCGCUCAGCUAACGCAGCUUAACAACGAGGCGGCGUCGGGGCUGCAUACCGACGAGAAUGGCGGCCGCACGGACAACUUUCAACUGAAGUACACUAACGUUGUGCUUAAACUGAGGGAUACCAACACUGUGCUCGAGGCCGCUCUGAGCCGGCUUCAAGCUCGCCAACAACAAAUCAGCGUGGCGGCGCCGGCUGCGGCGGCAACCUUCGGCCCGUCUCUAAUGCUACAGCAGCAACAACAGCUGGCGGCUGUUGCGGCCAGUGCGGCAGCAGCAGCUGCGGCUGCCGGCGGAGUAAGGUCAGCUGACUCCGCGACGGCGGGCAUGACGUCACUGCCUCAGCAACAGCCGCAGGGGCUGCCUCCGCAGCCGCCCGUGGUACCGACACAGCCACAGGCACAGGGGCCGCCACAGUCGACGCCCCAAACGCCACCUAGGCAGGCGACAAAUUCCUCUGCACUACCGGCGGCCGCCCCAUCCCCCACUGUACCACAAGUCGCACCAGCCCCAGUAGCGCCAGUAGUGCCCCAAGCGUCGGGGGCGCCUGUCCGGCCAACGACAGCCAAGCCAAUGCAGGGGACCCUGCCGCUUGGCCCUGGGGUGUCGGCGUCAACUCCGGAACAGCUUGUUGAGCAGGCUUUGGUGGAGGCACGGACGGUAGUCGACGGGUGCCGAGGCAAGGGCGUCGGUGGGCAGCCGCUGCUGAUCCCCUCCGCGCCCCAGCCGGUCUCAGUCGUGGCUCCAAUCAUUCUGCAGGCGCCUGGCGGGGCGUCAGUGCCCUUAGUGCUGCCGCCGGGUGCCGUACUGCCGCAGCAGCUCGUGUUACAGGCGCCUGUGGCGGCGGCGGGGGAGGGCCUGAUGCAGGAGCAGGUGGCCAUGGCGGCGGCGAUGCAGUCAUCGCACGCGCUUCCUGGAGAUGGCGACGUGAGCUCCGAUGGCAGAGAGGUCAGUGCGCUGGCUGACAGCAGUGCAACGAGGCUGCGCGAUACCUCGGCGGAGCCGGCGGAGCCCUCUGGGACGUCCACUUGUGUGAAAACGGAGGACGAAAGCUCGUUUGGGCGGCCAGGAUUGGAGGUUUCUGGGAUAACGGAACGGACGGCCGAGGCAGCGCCUAGCGCAUGCCCGGCCCCAAUGGAGGAGUCUAUGACGGAGGAACAACUUGCGGAAAGCUGGUUGCGAGACGUUAUCGUGGGUUGCGUGGGAGUGCUCUUCACCAUUCAGAAGUGUACCGCUGGGAAUGUGUCGGCUACCACUGUGGCGGAAGCGCUCGACCUUGCCGUGCAGCAGCUGCGAAUUCGGACGGAUGGAGAGAACGAUGCGCUGUACGCGGACAUUGUGCAGUCUGUGCAGGGCCUGAAGGGGCACUUGACGAGAGCAUUUGCAUAA